GUAUGUGUGUAUGUGUGUGUGUGCACGCUCUUUCUCCUCCUCCUCCUCUUUACUGUACUUGGACUUGGACAUUAACCGGCUCGUGCGUGUUAAGAGCACGACUAGAACAAGGCUUGCCAGGAGCUUGGGCUUAUUUGGAGAAGGUCAGCACAAUGACGUCACAACUUCGGACGGUCCAGACUGGGCUGUUCGUGCUUAUGUGUUCUGGUGUGUGUGCGGGUUUUAACCUGGACUCGCGCUUUGCGGUGGUGAAGGAGGGAGGCACACCCGGAAGCCUGUUCGGACUUUCAGUAGCGAUGCACCGGCAAACCGUGGGGCACGAGCGUUACCUACUGCUGGUUGGUGCACCACAGGAGAAAGCGGAACCUAAGUUGCGGGCUAAUCGGACAGGAGACAUGUAUGCUUGUCCAAUCACUACAGACCCUAAAGACUGCACACGGGCAAACCUGAUCAGCUCAGACUCUGUUGACGCGGAGGAUUUUAUAGAGGGAAUGUGGCUCGGAGUGUCAGUAGCCAGUCAAGGUUCACAGAAAGGGAGAGUGAUGGCCUGUGGUCAUCGCUACAGCAGAAGCAUGGACAAUGGCGUGAACCUGCGUAUGAUUGGGAAGUGUUAUAUCCGGGGGAACGACCUCAAGUACGAUGACAAAAACGAUGACCAAUGGCAGUACCGCCAGGAGGUGUGUAGUCCUAGUGGAGACCAAAUCAUGGAGGGGAUGUGUAACAUGGGCAUCUCUGCCACCAUGACAGAAACUGAGGUGAUCGCUGGAGCUCCAGGCUGCUACAACUGGCAAGGUAAUUCAUUUGUGGUUUAUAGGAACCCAGACGACGUAUUUGAUACUCAGAUCAUCAAACUUAAAGACAUGAAAACUGGAAACAUCUACAUUGGUUACUCAGUUGGGAAAGACAAAGGAAUAUUGAGCAAAGAUGAGGACACAGUUGUGGCUGGAGCACCAAGAUACAACAGUAAGGGCGCUAUGAUGCUAAUGAAGGUCAUCAUGACUGACGGUGGCAAUAGAGAGCUGAAGGACUUGAAUUUAACACUGCAGGGUGAACAAGUCGGCUCGUACUUUGGAAACAGCAUCGCUAUCGUCGACAUAAAUAACGAUGGAUGGAAGGAGCUGAUUGUUGGAGCGCCGUUUUAUUUUAACCGCAGGAGAGAGGAGGGCGGGGCCGUGUAUGUGUUCAUGAAUGAAAACGGCUCAUUCAAGCCCAAAACGGAUCUGAUGUUCACAGGGCCAAGCGACUCAGGUUUCGGGAUGGCCGUGGCUUCCAUCGGGGAUGUCAACCAGGAUGGUUUCCAGGAUUUUGCAGUUGGAGCACCGUAUCAUGGAUCAGGCAGGGUGUAUGUGUGGAAGGGGGGAAAAGAUGGAGUUUCAAGCAAACCAGAUCAGGUGAUUGAGGGGAGGGAUGUGAGUAACGGUGGGUUCAAGACGUUCGGUUACUCCAUCAGCGGUGGUCUGGAUGUGGACGAUAAUAAAUAUCCUGAUAUUGUUGUUGGCUCUCUGGACGAUCGAGUGGCUUUACUAAGAGCUCGGCCUGUCAUUCACGUGAAAAAGACUUUCACUGUGACGCCCUCGAUCGUCGACCCAAAGGACUGCGAGUCCUGCAUUAAAGUGGAGGUCUGUUUCUCUUACACACUCAGUACAGGAGAGCCAAAUUUUAAAGAAGACAUUAUUAUGAAGUACACGGUGGAGGCUGAUGUUCUGCAGCACUCGUCUAAAACUCGUGUCCGCUUUAUCACCAACGAUAAACACGUGUACAGUGGGUCAUUAUCGAUGACAUCACAGCAAUGUGAAACACAGACACUUAAAGUGAUAAAUGUCGUGCGUGAUAAGGUGACCCCAGUAGUGUUCUCCCUGAACGCAUCAAUCUUUGAGCCUCAGGUUGACAGUGUUCAGCGGCAGCUCCAGAACCUGAACUUGUUUCCUGUGCUCAGUCAGGGACGAACACUCACCGACAAAGCAGAGAUUCAUUUUCAGAAAGAGUGUGGAGCUGAUAAUAAGUGUGAGAGUAACCUGCAGAUGACCGCCACAUUUGCCAAAAGCCUGCAAGAGAUCCUGCCUGUUCAGGAUGGUCACCAGAUCCUGCUGUAUGACUCCGACAUUAAGAGACUGAUGCUGCUUGUAAAUGUGACGAACACUCCAUCUCCAGGUCGAUUAGCUGAAGAUGCUCAUAACACUGAACUGAAUGUCUCCAUUUCCUCAUCACUCCGAUACAGCGCUGUCAGAUCCGAGACUGGUUCAGUAAAUUGUGCUCCUGAAGGCAAUUUCAUCCUGUGUGAGUUGGGAAACCCGUUAGCCGCUAAUCAAAUGGCCAUCUUUGCGAUCAUCUUCGAGACGACGUUCAUCACGCUUGACACACAAGAGAUCACUUCGACACUUCAGCUCUCUACAUUGAGCAAACAGGACGACUUAAUACCGCUGACCAGAGUGCUGCUAGUGGAUUAUACACUAAAGGCCUCAUUUCAAGUUAUUCCUGUCCGAGUACAGACGGAGUUCAGUGGCGAUAUUAUUGGUGAGUCUGCUAUAAAAAGCACCAGUGAAAUCGGGAGUCCAGUGGAGUUCAAAUUUAUGGUGUCUGUAGACAAGCCACUCGUGAGUCCCAGUGUAUUCUACGUGGAAUUUAAUUGGCCGAUGGAGGUGGCAAAUGGAAAGUGGCUCCUGUACGUGGAGGAAAUUACAAUGACAGGAACUUCGAGGUCUUUGUGUACUCCACCAGGAGAUAUCGUCAACCCACGAAACUUCCAGGUGCUGGAGCGAAAGAGCAGUCGGAGGAAGAGAGAUGAACAAUCUGUCGCUCACAUAGAAGCUCUGUCUGCUCUGAAUCCAAAGAGUGCCCGAAGGAAAACUGACCAUCUGAAUUGUACGUCAGGCACUGCAAAAUGUAAAUCCUUCAGCUGCUUCUUAUACAACAUGACGAAUACGGCGACGGUGACGGUGCGGGCACGACUGUGGAACAGCACCAUGUUGGAGGAUUAUAAGAAAUCUUCAGCGAUUUUCAUUAGUGGAGAGGCAACACUUAAACUGAAUACAGAUAGAACAACCAUCCGUCUGGACAAUAAAACCAAUAACGUGAUGUUCUCUGUGGAGGUGACUCCUGCGGAUCAGGAUGAGGUGGAGUAUAAAGUUCCCCUGUGGAUCAUUAUUGUCUCUGUGCUAUCCGGAGUGCUUCUGCUCACCCUCAUCAUCGUGCUCCUGUGGAAGUGCGGGUUUUUCCGGAGAGCGAACACUAGAGAGAUUUAUGAGGCGAAGUCACAUAAGGCUGAGAUGAGGACACAGCCGUCUGAGAAAGACAGACUAACAGAGGAGGAAUGAUGAUCAUGCAGACUAGAUUACUGUAUUACUGGUGUGGGUUCUUCAGGCGGGCGCUUUAUUUCCGGACCAUGCCCAAAUACCAUGGAGUGAAGAUGUGUAAGGAGCAGCGCUUCCUAAUUGACAAUGCUAGCAAAAAAAAGCACUGGAUUACAAACUGGACCGACACACCGCAAUGACUCCAUACACACACACACACACACAUGCACACACAGCUGAGGUGAGGUAUCCACACAGUAUUACUUGGUCCAGUGAGAGGCGCAAUGACCACGCACAACUCCAACACGUUAUUUAUAUUAUCAUUGUGCAAACUGCGUGACUAGCUACACAUUCCCUAGUUACACACUCCAUUUUAUCGGCUUUGUUGAUUGGUUUAGUUUAAUCACAAACUAUUUAGAUGUGAUUUAUUAAAGGGUAUGACACACUGGUAUCUAUAAAAUUUGUCAAAAUGUACAAAAGGGUAAUGCAUAGCUAAAAAUAAUAGUGGCAGCCAUCUUCAAGCCAAAUCACUUCUUUCCUCAGCACAUACGUUGGUGUCACUCCACACGAGCAUUAGACUCAGGUUGGAGGUAUCACCUGGAGAUUUGAGGGCAGAAUUGGUUAAAAAAAAUUUUUGGAUGUCAAUAUAAUUCCAGUUUUAUUUGUAUAUUUUGAUAUAUAUUUUAUAUUUUGUGCAAAUCAAAUGUUAUUGUGAUUAUUUAGGAAUGCAGUUUGCAAAAUGCUGAACUGGUGGCUAUAAGCUCUCCUUGUAGCUUCAGUGCGUCUAAUAUGAAUAAAUGUGCAGUGACUCGGGAGGUUGUGUAUUCACACCCCAGCUGAUGUGAGUUCUGCGUUACUGUAUGAGUGUUGACGUGUGUGUGUGUGUGUGUGUGUGAGAAAAAAAUAACGUUGGACAAUAUGAGCUCUAUGUUAGCAUAGGGCCCUAUUCAGAGUUGACGACUUAAGUCCGAAAGUUACAUCAAUAUUUAAGCGGGGAAAGUUAUGCGUAUUCAGAGUUCGCUUACGCAGCUGCUUAAGUCUGUUUUCUGGAUUCCUUGUUCAGAUAAU